CUAUGAGAAACCUCCCCCAGGGCUAAUUAAGGAGAAUGAAACAAAACCAGAAGACUGUAUACCUGAUGUACCAGGCAAUGAAAGCGCACGAGAAUUCCUGGCACAUGCCCCAACAAAAGGGCUUUGGAUGCCUUUGGGAAAAGAAGUCAAAGUUAUGCAGUGUUGGAGAUGUAAACGUUACGGACACAGAACAGGAGAUAAAGAAUGUCCAUUCUUUAUUAAAGGCAAUCAGAAAUUGGAACAAUUUAGAGUAGCACAUGAAGAUCCAAUGUACGACAUAAUAAGGGAAAAUAAACGUCAUGAAAAAGAAAUGAGGAUACAGCAACUGAAGCAGCUCCUGGAGGACUCUACCUCAGAUGAUAACAGCGAUGACAGUGAUGAGGGUGAUGCAGAUGGCAGCAGCUCCACUUCCUCAGAACAUAAGCACAAGAAGAAAAAGAGAAAAAAGGAAAAGAAAAAAAAAGAAAAGAAGAAGAAGAAAAAGAGAAAGUGUAAAUCAUCCAAAUCUAAUGAGAAGUCAGAGUCUGACUGACAGCAGUCACCUGCUGCAUGCUCAUUGACCUCUUUGCUUGUGAACUGCAAGGAAAGAUCCAAAGAAUGAGGAAGAAAACACCAGAAAGGGCUUUAUUAACUUUGAACAUACAGAUGUAGACAUACAGCAUCCUACACUGACAUCCUCUUCUGCCCCUCUGCAGUCAGAAAGAAGAAAGCUGCAUUGAAACUUACUCAACCAUAUCUUUGUGCUGUGAAACCUGUGCUAAGGGUCAUUCCUCUUGGUCAAACUGGGCCUCUGCGUUGC